AUGAGGGCCAUGCAUCCCACGGCGACGACGACGGCCGAUGAAGGGAUUCGUCGCCCCAAGGCGUGCGCCGCGACAAAGUCAAAUGGGCUCCCGCCCCCGCUCCCCGGCAAGAGAGUCUGCCGCGGUGGCCGUUUGGAUGUGGAUGCGGGGGCCUUUGACGACGGCGGCCCUGGCGUGGGAGGGCUCGUCGUCGUCGAGGCAAUGCCGCCGCCCGUGACUGUCGGAGUUGGCAUCGUCACCGGCGUCGACGACGUGGAUGCCGUCGACGUGGAUGCUGUCGACGUGGGAUCCGGGUUUGCCGAGAUGGAUUCCCUCGUCCGAGUCGACGGCGGCGUCGUCGUCGCAGGGUCUGGCGGGAUUCUCGUAAAGCUCUUUCGAUUGCUCGACGGCGGUUGCGUGCGAGUCGUCGUCGUCGAUUUGCCGUCGACGUUCCCUCGGCAGAGGGCGUCGACGAGGCUGCCAUUCUGCCCUUGGCGGAAUAGGGUGUCCAGGCCGACGCUCACCAGGGUGCAUGAUGCUUGUAUCUUGAUCUCGACACUCUUCAAGCUCUCGCGGCACUCCCGAGAGCACACCUUGGCCGCGAUGCAGCCGAGCGGCAGGGAGAGCGAGGACAGCGCCUCGAAGCUGGACAGUGUCAAAGUCGUCGACGAUGCCGUGCCGGCCAGCAGCAAAACGUCGACCAUCCGUUUCUUCAUCGUGCCGGUCCGGAGCAUGGCGCAGCCCCUCGACGCAGCCACAGACGACGGGUUUGAAGGGAGCUUUGUUGGCCGAGGAAAUGCACAGCCGCCGACGAUGGUAGCCGACGAUCAGGACGAGGGCGAACCCCGCGGUUUCGGAAUGCGGGAAAAGGGUCGAUCUGGCUUUCGUUUACCAAACACCACUGCAAACACCUUUGUGCGUGGCCAUGCGAAACACCAACCGUCACACGUGCCACCGUCGACUCGGUUCGACAGCCACUGGCGACUCUCCCCUCUCCGCCGACGAGGGGGCUCCUACCUCGGUCGGUGUUUGCGAGUUCCGUACGCCUUGAGCGUCGGAAUUCACCAUGAUGCCUCGUGGAUCGUCCACCUUGCUGCCUGCCGUCUUGUUCCGCCGAACCCAACUCGUGCUGCUCCGUCGUACGUGCGGCCGACGGAAGGGGAAGCGAGAAAGACCCUUCUCCGGCUCGGCCCGGCUCGGUUGGAGAAUCAAGGAACAAGGCGAGCAGAGCUUGUUCUGAACACUCGUCACGAACGACCGAGGCCCCUGCUCAAGUUUGUCGCCUUUCACUUUCCACUUUUCUGGUCAUGA